UGACGUCACUGAGAAUGAAAAAGAAGCGCUCAGUGGUGGCUCUAGCAAAAGGGAAACCCGCUGUCCAGUGGCUAUUUCGUAGUUGCGGUAGCCUAUAGUAUUUUAGUGCGCGUGUAGAAAUACAAGUGAAGAUACCUUGGAGUAAAACUGAACCGUACGACCGUGUAGCCUACUUUUUUUCUGCAAUGGCUGAUCAUCAUCUUUUACAUUAUAGCGACUCAGCUGCGGUUGGGAACCGUUUCGCCCGCAAAGGUGCUCUGCGGCAGAAAAACGUGCAUGAAGUCAAAAAUCACAAAUUUACUGCCAGGUUUUUCAAGCAACCGACAUUCUGCAGUCAUUGCACAGACUUCAUAUGGGGAUUUGGGAAACAAGGAUUCCAGUGCCAAGUGUGCUGUUUUGUGGUCCACAAAAGGUGCCAUGAGUUUGUCACCUUCUCUUGCCCUGGAGCCGACAAAGGCCCCGACACAGAUGACCCCAGAAGCAAGCACAAGUUUAAGAUCCACUCGUACGGCAGUCCCACGUUCUGCGACCACUGUGGCUCCCUCCUCUAUGGACUCAUCCACCAGGGGAUGAAAUGCGACACCUGCGACAUGAACGUGCACAAUCAGUGUGUGAUGAACGUGCCAAGCCUGUGUGGGACAGACCACACGGAGCGCAGAGGACGCAUCUUCCUCAAGAUCGACGUCAGCGGAGACAGACUACACGUCACAGUGGGUGAAGCCAGAAACCUGAUCCCCAUGGACCCUAACGGUCUGUCUGACCCCUACGUGAAGCUCAAGCUCAUCCCUGACCCCAAGAACGAGACCAAACAGAAGACCAGGACCAUACGCUCCUCACUCAACCCCACCUGGAAUGAGUCGUUCAGCUUUAAGCUGAAGGUAAUGGAUAAGGACCGUCGUCUGUCUAUAGAGGUGUGGGACUGGGACCGCACCACCAGGAACGACUUCAUGGGCUCAAUGUCGUUCGGUGUGUCUGAACUCAUCAAGUCCCCCGCCUGCGGCUGGUACAAGAUGCUGUGCCAGGAGGAAGGGGAGUACUACAACGUUCCCAUCCCUGAGAUCGACGACGUCAACAUGGAGCUCAGGCAUAAGUUUGAGAAAGCCAAGUUGGGCCACGGGAAGAAGGUGAUCACGCCAGCGGACCACAGACGGUUCAGCUCAGACCGAACCAUGCCCGGAAUGGACCGUGUCCGACUCAGUGACUUCAACUUUCUGGCUCUGCUGGGGAAGGGCAGCUUUGGCAAGGUGAUGCUGGCAGAGAUGAAGUCCACAGAGGAGCUGUACGCCAUCAAGAUCCUGAAGAAGGACGUGGUGAUCCAGGAUGAUGAUGUGGAGUGUACCAUGGUGGAGAAGAGAGUCCUGGCCCAGAGAGACAAACCACCGUUCCUCACUGCACUCCACUCCUGCUUUCAGACUGUGGAUCGUCUGUACUUUGUGAUGGAGUAUAUUAAUGGAGGGGACCUCAUGUACCACAUUCAGCGUGUGGGCAAGUUCAAGGAGCCACAGGCAGUGUUCUAUGCUGCAGAGAUCGCUGUGGGCCUGUUCUUCCUGCACAGAAAGGGUGUUGUAUACAGGGACCUCAAAUUGGACAACGUGAUGCUGGACUCUGAGGGCCACAUUAAGAUAGCAGACUUUGGCAUGUGUAAGGAGAACAUGUAUGAAGGCAUGGUCACACGCACCUUCUGUGGUACCCCCGACUAUAUCGCCCCAGAGAUCAUUGCAUAUCAGCCCUAUGGGAAAUCAGUGGACUGGUGGGCUUAUGGGGUUCUCCUCUACGAGAUGCUAGCGGGACAGCCACCGUUCGAUGGAGAGGAUGAAGAUGAGUUGUUCCAGUCCAUCAUGGAGCACAACGUGUCCUACCCCAAGUCCAUGUCUAAGGAGGCUGUCGUCAUCUGCAAGGGAUUCAUGACCAAGCACCCGUCAAAGCGUCUGGGCUGUGGUCUGGAGGGUGAGAGGGACAUCCGGGAGCAGGCCUUCUUCAGACGUAUCGACUGGGACCGCCUCACCAACAGAGAGAUCCAACCGCCAUUCAAGCCUAAAACGGGUGGCAAAGGAGCAGAAAACUUUGACAAGUUCUUCACACGCACCCAGCCAAUGUUGACCCCUCCAGACCAGCUAGUCAUCGCCAACAUUGACCAGAGCGACUUCGCUGGUUUCUCCUACAUCAACCCACAGUUCAUCCACCCUUCCCUCCUUCACAGUGUGGUAUGAGGGGAUAGAUCAGGGAGAGGAGGAAGAGAGAGAGAGAGUGUGGUGAGAGAGCAAGAGAGAGAGAGAGAGGAGAGAAGGGGGAAGAGAGCCAUGUGGACUGGGACUGGGACAGCAACCCUCCAGAUUGACCACCAAUCCCCUAUUGUCCCUUUGUCAAAGAGACUAAUAUUAUCUUCAUGUGUUCUCUGGACUUCAGUAGGCGACAUUCUGUAAACAAGCUGUCCACGAACGAUCUCGAUUGGAAUUUGUCUGAUGCGAUGGAGGGGGUAAAGGAGGGUGUAGGGGUUGGUGUACAGGGGAGUAUGUCUAAGUUUAUCUGGUGAUUGAGCGCAGUAAUCAUGGAUACAUUGAUUUGAGAAGUAGGCCUGCUACAGUACAGUGAGCGUUGACAUGAAUUGCACACUGUUACCACGGGGAACCCUUUAGCUCUGCAACCUACUGGCCUAACAUUCAGGAAUGGGUUCCAUGUUUUCCACAGUUCCAGAACCUCCUACUUGCUCUAGAACCUAGAGCCAAACCCUACAGUACCUUCCUGUCCGGAAGUUGUCUGUGGGACUACAUACAGUAUGUUAUGAUUCCUCAGUGUGUUGCUAUGGAUAGAAAGAGAGCACUCCCUCCCUAUGAAGCAUGAUGGAACGUACCCUCCUGUCCCUACCUUUCCUCUCUCUGCUGUACCUACUGUACUGUACUGUACCUCCUGUCCCUACCUUUCCUCUCUCUGCUGUACCUACUGUACUGUACUGUACCUCCUGUCCCUACCUUUCCUCUCUCUGCUGUACCUACUGUAUUGUACUGUACCUCCUGUCCCUACCUUUCCUCUCUCUGCUGUACCUACUGUACUGUACUGUACCUCCUGUCCCUACCUUUCCUCUCUCUGCUGUACCUACUGUACUGUACUGCCAUUUCUAAACAGUCUGCGACACCACAUUCUAGAUUAUAUUUAUAUACCCACAGAGAAGAGAGGUCUAUUGUCUACUGUUACACGAGUGCCAAAAUAGAGGUGAAACAAAUCAUUUUAUUCCAGUACAUAUCUAUAUAAACAUAUACUAUCUACAGCGUCUGUUUCUUACGAUAUUCCUAUAGUCAACUAUGAUGUCUUUCCUUGUGGCGAAGCCGUUAACCUUUCUGAUGGUGUCAGCACGCUAAAUUAAGCUCAACACCGUGUUUCUCUGUCAGUUUUAUUAAUAUAUUCUAAACCGUUACCAAACAUUUACAAACCGUUAUCAAACGUUUACACAACGUUACUAAAACGUAACCCACCAAGUAUAGCUGUGUCUAACCUAGUAUGUUGUUAAAGAACAGCUUUUUGGUCGGUAUGAACAGGUGACUGAUGAAACAAUGAUGAACAUUUUAGAUGGUGUCCAAUUUUAUUUUUGGUGAAAGCACUGGUACCAAUAUUCUCAGAGUUAUUUAGGAGAAUUUAUGAGCGAGACUGAAUGGAGGAUAUGUUUCUGUUCCGCAUGAGGUUUGCGACAACAUGUAACUUGGUAUUCCGGACUUCUAUUUAUGGGGAAAAAUCUUGAACUGACGAUGUUGCAUGCUUAUUUCCUGAUUAUGAAUAAGCGCUAGAUGACUUUCUAGGGGAUGCAAUACAUGUCUGAUAUUUAUCAUUGUAAAACCAAGUAUUAUGAUAUUUGUUGAUUAUAUAAUUGUUGUCUGUAUGAAAGUCCUACCCCACUGAAAAGUUGAAUGAGAUUCAGAGAAUUGAUUUUUUUUGUUACUUAUUAAACAUAUUCCGUAUGUUUCCCUCUAUACUUUUCUGUCCAGAGAGAACAUUGUUUACCCUAUUUGUCAACCAUUUUGUAAAUAUUGAAAGAGCUUUUUCAAAAAGAGUAAUGACUCGUAGAUUUUAUACCACGAACUGAAUGUGCUUUUACUACCUUAGACGGGUUAAACAUCUCUGUUAGAUGACUAUCCCAAAAACACAUGACGUUUGGCUGAAUCUUUGGUAGCUUUGUUAUCAGCAAAACCUUGUAAUAUGUAUUUUCUCUAUUUAUCCACAGUUUGUUUUUGACUAUUUUAAAGGUACAGUCAGCAAAAUGACCUUGCACGAAAAGCAUCGCAGAUAUUGCGAUGAGCAAGACUCAAGACUUCACUCUCACAAAGUCACCCACAGUAUCUGUACAUGGGUUCCCUUCACGCUCUUACAACGUUGUAGCCACGGAACCAAAACUGCCUCGCACUCUGUGUGUUGCGGAGAUUGACCUACUAUGCCAUUUACUUUGUGCAUCUUGGUCAUAUCGCUGACUCUACCUUUAAUGUUUCACAGACGAUAUGCAGUAUCUACAGUAUGUGUGACUGUGGCGCGUGGUCCCUGGUUGAAUACACUCCUACUCCUA